GUUUCAGAUUAAAUGCAAAAAUUUAAACACACCUUGGUUACCUUUAAAUUAUGCCCUUAUAGUAUGAGAGUGCUGGCUUUAAUGUGUUACAAGAACAUAAAAGUUGAGAUAAAAUUCAUAGAAAUGUAUAGCAAACCUGAAUGGUUUUUGAAAAUCAGUCCUUUGGCUAGAGUACCAAUAUUGAUAAUUGGAGAUGACAGUAUAUUAUGAAUGAUUAUGUAAAAUAGUUGUUUUAUUUGAAUCCGAUGCUAUUAUGGAAUAUAUUGAUGAAAUGACACCUCCAUAGAUCAUGUCAUCUGAUCCGAUAUAAAAAGCUUUGGACAGAGGAAAAUUUGAAUACGCAAGUGAGAUAAUAAAAAAUAUGUCAAUUUUCGUUUUUAGUCAGGAGGAGGAGGUAUUUAUUAUAUAUGAAAUAAGAAAUUCUUUAAACACAAGGAAUUAUUAAAAACAAAUUUAGAAUAAGUAGAAAAGUGGUUGUAAGAUAAAAAAUAUAUGAAUGGGGAGUAAAUCUCGCUUGUUGAUUUUUGCUUCAUUCCUAUAUUUGUGAACUUAAGUGUUUUCAAGCCUAUAAUUUAGUAAUGUGAGUUAACAAAGAAUUUUACAAAGGUUCAAUUCAUAAUAGAUAUAUAUAUUAGUUUAAUAAAUAUGGAGAGAAUUUGCUGUAACUCCCAUGUUCUAAAGCAGGAAGAGUGCCAGAUUAUGAGUUACUUGUAGUUGAAGGGGUCAGAAAGGUUAAUAGUUACUUAUACCGAUCAAAUCCUUGCUUUUUUAAAAGUCUGCAAUAGAAUAGCCAUUGUUAGCAAGGAAAAUGAAUUCUUUCUCAAUCAUUAUUAAUACAUAU